GGUGCCCGUCAGAGGUGUGGGCGGAUCUGGGGGGCAUUGUGGGAAACCUCCUGUGGUGCCCCCCCUCACAGUGAAGCUCCGCUCUGUCAGAAGGUGAACAGGAUGCAGACGGCAUGUCACAGAGAAGCAACAUGUGCGUCUGUAUCCCACCCUGGACCCACAGUGGAGUCCACAGUGACAAGAUCACAGUUCAGGAGAGUCACACUGGGAUUAAAAGGGGUGGUUAAAUGUGUUAUUUAAGAUAGUAAGUGUAGUGUGAGGGUGAAAGUCUCGCUGCCAGAGGGAAGUUUCCAGGAGAGGUACGUAAGGAUCCCUGUGAAUGCUGCUGCAUGAAACGGUGAGUUUUGGAUUUUGACUUUGCAUUCAUAUAUCUAAUAUUUUUGAAAUCUCAACAAUAACACACGUCGACAAGAUUCUGCCGCGUUUUUCUUUUUGAUUUCUUUCAGACUGAUGAUCUCGGGACCCAAGACCAAGACAAGGACGACCCCAAAGACGAUUUGAAGACGAGUGACCGAGCCCCAACAGAGAUGAAGCCAGAGACGACGACCGCCCUGUGAGGAGAAGAAACUUUAUUGAGAUUUUACCGGAUGCACUGAAUUGGUGCUUCAACGACAUCAAGCAGAUUCAGACAGGAUGGACCAGAGAUGACGGGAGGCAGAUCCAGGACCAGUGCAUGACUCGUGAGACCAUGCAAUUAACACAAGAGCCAUCUCUCCAAGACCCCCGAUCUUAUGAAAGAUCAGAUCAAUAACCAAAUGAAAAGGUUUCUCUGGAUCUGGAGCUGCAUGUUUCUGAUCUGCUGUUGUCGGCCUCAGCGACCUCCAAAGUCUUCAUGUUCUCUCCUUCCUCUCUACCCUCAACCCAACCAGAAGAAUGACCUCCACUAUCGCAUCCAGCGUCGAAGACUCAUUUAAAACCCCGAAAACUGUAAGACCGAGGAGCCGAAACAGCGGCGGUACCCCCAUCACCAUCCCUGCCUCACCUUUCAUGAAGAAGCUGGGAUGUGGGACUGGAGUCAAUGUUUACCUCCUGAACAGGAUGGAAAAGCUGAAUGCGUCACCUUGGGCUGUUAAGAAGAUCAACAGUAAAUGUGCAGCCAAACAGGUGGCUGUUUACCAGCAGCGCCUCAAUGAGGAGGCGGAAGUCCUGAAGGGAAUCAAUCACCCAAACAUUGUUGGUUUCCGUGCCUUUGCCACGGCUAAAGACGGCUCCAAAUGUCUGGCCAUGGAGUACGGAGGAGAGCAAUCCCUCAAUGAUGUGAUAGAGAAGAGGAAGAAGGACAGUCUGAAGGCUUUCCCUGCCGCCAACAUAGAGAAAGUGGCGCUGCAUGUGGCCCGCAGCCUGCAGUAUCUGCACAAUGAGAAGAAGCUGCUGCACGGCGACAUGAAGUCAUGCAAUGUGGUCAUCAAAGGCAACUUUGAGACGGUGAAAAUCUGUGACAUCGGUGUUUCUCUGCAGCUGGAUGAGAACAUGAGAGGUGAGCUUGGUUUUUCAGUAAUGAAAACAAGCGCUUAGCUUUGAGGUGGAUAUGCUUUUAUUUUAAAAGUGCAUUUAUUGCAUUUUCACAAAUAGAAUAAAAUUUUC